CCUUUUCUCUCUGUCUUUCUCGCGGACUCUUCUUCCUCCCUCCGUGUUGACUCACUGAGUCAGACCACGAGAGAGAGAGAGAGAGAGAGAGAGAGAGAGAGAGAGAGAGAGAGAGAGAGAGAGAGAGAGAGGGGCUCCUACCGCACAGCUGCUAAAACGUACAGUUUAUAGUAAUGAAGCAAACGCAUUAGCAUCCUUGGCUUCUUCUUCAAUUUCUCUCCCCUACGCACAGAAAUACACUGUUUUAUACAUCUCAUAGUUCCUUCUCCGCAAACAAAACCUUCGUUCUUCUUGUAAUUCGGAGAAUUGCAGAGGAGAGAUUUCCGCGGUGCUGCAAAUCAAUAACAAUGGCGACUCGGAUCAUUAUCAGCAGCAUUGCGUUCCUGUUUCAUCUUCUUCUCGUAAUUUUGUCUUCGACUACGGAGACUGUGUUCGCUUCGACGGUGCCGAAACAGCAAUUGUUAGACAAAGUCUCGGCUCUUCCCGGUCAGCCGCCGGUGAGAUUCUCGCAGUUCUCCGGCUACGUUACCGUCAACGAGAAACACGGCCGAGCUCUCUUCUACUGGUUGACUGAAGCCUCUGAUCUUCCUCACAACAAACCUCUUCUUCUUUGGCUCAAUGGAGGACCAGGGUGUUCAUCAGUUGCAUACGGAGCAUCUGAGGAAAUUGGACCGUUUCGGAUCAAUCGAACCGGUUCGUCUCUUUAUCUCAACAAGUAUUCAUGGAACGCAGAAGCGAAUCUUCUCUUCCUUGAAUCACCAGCUGGGGUAGGAUUCUCCUACACAAACACAAGCUCUGAUCUUAAAGAUACUGGGGAUAAUCGAACAGCUGAGGACGCUCUAAUAUUCCUGAUAAGAUGGAUGGCAAGAUUCCCUCAGUAUAAAUACAGAGACUUCUAUAUUGCUGGUGAAAGUUAUGCAGGACAUUAUGUUCCCCAAUUGGCAAAAAGAAUCCAUAACUACAACAAAGCCUAUUCGCGUCCCAUCAUCAAUCUCAAAGGCUUCAUUGUAGGGAAUGCCGUUACAGACAAUCACUAUGACAACAUAGGCACUGUAACAUUCUGGUGGACACACGCAAUGAUAUCAGACAGAACUUACAAGUCCAUACUUAAAUACUGCAAUUUCUCGGAAGAGGAAGGGCAGUCGGAUAAAUGCGAUGAGGCUGUAAACUACGCAAUAAACAAUGAGUUUGGAGACAUAGACCAGUAUAGUAUUUAUACGGCAGCUUGUAAGGUGCCUCAGAAGCCUAAUGUGUUGAGGCUCAAAAACACACUGCUGCGCAGAAGGGUGGUUUCUGGGUAUGAUCCCUGCACUGAGAAUUAUGCUGAGAAGUAUUAUAAUCGUCCAGACGUACAGAAGGCUUUGCAUGCUAAUGUUACUGGGAUUCCGUAUAAGUGGACUGCUUGCAGUGAUGUUCUUAUAAAAAACUGGAAAGAUUCUGAAGAUUCUAUGUUGCCCACGUACAAGGAGCUGAUUGCAGCUGGUUUAAGAAUAUGGGUUUUCAGUGGUGACACGGAUUCAGUAGUCCCAGUGACUGCCACUAGGUUUUCUCUCAGCCAUCUCAACCUCCCCAUUAAAACCAAGUGGUAUCCUUGGUACUCCGGCAAUCAGGUAGGAGGAUGGACAGAGGUCUAUGAGGGUCUGACUUUCGCAACAGUGAGGAGUGCUGGCCAUGAGGUCCCGCUGCUCCAGCCGCAGCGAGCUUUCAUUCUUUUCAGAUCAUUCUUAGCCGGUAAAGAACUUCCGAAAUCCUGACUCAGUUGGUUAUCUCCACAGUUAAAAGGAAGAUAACACAAAGGAGCCGCGGAAUGUUGUUGGGGGUGUCAAAGUGUGUAGAGCAAUUCAAUCAACAGGUUUAAGUAAUAGAGAUAAAUAGCGCAUGCAUGAUUCAGUCUAACUAGGAAUUUGAUUGUUAAAACAGACCAUAUUCCAUUCGAUUCUCAAA